AUGCCGGACAGACGUGGCGAGCGCCGCCCACUCCUCCCACACGAGAACGUCGAAGUAUGGCCUAUCAUUCAUAUGAUCAGAGGGGACGUCAUACACUACAUUGACACACCCCUGACAUACGACGCUCUUACAGCACCCGACCUCACAUAUACCUUGAUACGACCUCUCGAGGAAAAAUACAACGCUAUACAGCGCUCUGGAAACAAAUCCGUGGUCUUCUGCCUCUUGCUGAACAGAACCCGUUUCAUUCGCGACCAGAACCUCACGACGAAGCCCCUGUCCUCUACCCGCGCUGCACUCUGCGAAAUUCUUGCAAUUCGUGUCCUGAGAGAUAACGGCAGUAGCACUCUUGACCUCGCCCUCACUCUCACAACUAGCUGGAAUGUCUGGUCAGGCGCUGACCCUCAUACCAUUGAGAUGGCCCGGGAAGAGCGCGACGACGACGUCGACGAAUGCGUGGGUAACGCCAUUGAGGUUGCCAUCAUUAGCAAGUCGAGGCGGUUUAUUAAAAGUGGUCCGUGCCAGCGAGUCAUCGACAGCAUAUGGGUCGGCAAGGUGGUCUACCAAGCUAGCAGCAACCACUCUAUUAUCUCCGAUACCUACAAACGUAAUCCAAUACACUGGUACGAUCCACACAAAGCACCACUACUCGACCAUUACCGCCUCAAGGUUCCUGCGAUACGCUCUGUUUUGGAAUAUAUCAACUUCUUGGGACUGUUCGUUCUCUUCAUCGUAGCAAUAGAAAUGAACGAGCGACACCGUCUUAAUCCCUGGGAGGUGGUCUUCAUGGUCUACGGUUUGGGGUUUGCCCUUGAAAAGGCUGCAGCUAUGCAAGAACACGGAAUCAAGGUAUUUUUCAAGGGAACAUGGAAUGGGUUUGACCUGGCGUUUGUGACUGCAUACUACAUCUACGCGUUCCUCCGGGUAUAUGGUGUGGUCUGGCGUCAUCACUGGGCACAGAGUCUGGGCAUAGACUUCCUAGCUGUCAUAGCUUGCCUCAUGUUUCCCCGACUUGCAUUCGUAACGCUACGGAACAACCUGAUGGUCCUGUCGCUGCGGGCUAUGAUGGUGCAAUUCGUCGCCUUGAUGAUGAUUGCUGCCUUCUGCUUUGCAGGGUUCCUGUACGCUCUAUGGACUCUGAGUCGGAAAGAGGCUAUGUACUCAGCAUCACAGAUCGCAUGGUGGAUGCUCGAUUUGUGGUUUGGGCUCGAUGCCAGCGGCUUCGAUCGAGCUACCCAAUUUGAUUACCAUUUUGGUCCAGUUCUCAUGAUCACAUACGCUUGUUUGAGCAAUACCCUUCUCUUGACAGUUCUGGUUUCUAUUCUGUCCAAUACAUUUGCUAAGAUCAACGACGAUGCAGCCGCUGAGGCUAUGUUCCGAAAGGCCGUAUCCACAAUAGAAGGAGUGAAGGCGGACUCGCUAUUUUCAUACCAACCGCCUAUUAACAUUCUAGCCUUGUGUAUCUUGUACCCAUCUAGCUAUAUCCUGACACCCCGCUGGUUCCACAAGGUCAACGUGUUCUUGAUAAGGUUGACAAACUUUCCCGUUCUGCUUCUGAUUGCUUUGUAUGAACGACAAUCCAAACGAUCUGGUUCCGUCGGUUUCUACGACACCGUUUCGUCCGUCAUUGAGAGCGUUUUUGAGAGUCUUCCUCGGUCAAUACGACGACUCGGCCUCUUUGAUGGUCUCGCCGGCUCUGCAGCUGGAAUAGAUCUCAUUUUCGACAUUGAGGAGGAUAUGGACGACAGCGCGCUCGAUCUGCAGGACGUUGGCGACCUGAACACUAUCGAAGCCACGAUCCUCCAGCGCCGAGCCACGCGCAAGUCCGAUCGCACAUCCCACAGUUCGGGUCGCCGACCGCCGACACCGCGGAAGCAGAGUCAAGGGAACGGCUCGUCGUCGGGCUUGCAAGUUCCCGCGCAACGACCGGGGCCAUCGCCCGUCCCAACCAACGCCUCAUCUACAGCGCCUACUACCGCGCCUGUCGUCCCACGGCGGCGGCUCCUGUCACAGGUCGGCCGCGAUAUCACACACUCUGUCAGUCCGCUUGCGCAGGUAUUCCAGCCCGUCAUCAUGGACGACGACAUACCCGAAGGAGAAGCUGCUGAAAUGCUGCAGGGCAUGCAGGCUCCCCUAGUCAGCUACGGCCCUGCCAGCAGGCGCAGGCUGAUGUCGCUGCAGUCCGUGCGGAGACCGGUGGUGGCCGGGGAUGCGCAGUCGCAGCAGUCGGGCGUCAGCAUGCCGCUUCGCUCGCCCACGAGCGACGCGGGCAGGCGCGAUCUGCUCAUGGAGGGUGCCGUGUCCAUGAGCCCGGACCAGCAGGAGGGCCAUGCUGAGCCCGAAACUGUGACGCAGGCGGAGGAGUCGCCCGAGCUGUCGAACGCUUUUCUGGUGCGCAAGUUGCAGCAGAUGGAGGAACGACACAAGCGUAUGGAGGAUCUGUUGGUGCGCCUGCACGCGGGUUUGACCAAGGACAAGUGAGGGGUGCGUCAUAUUUGCGUACGCUAGCUAGGCAUGGUGAAUUUUCUUGAUAUAUACAAAUACCGAAUGUUUUGAAUCCUACGUAUACUGUAGUAGAGUAGAGCGUCUACUGCUCAAUAGUGUUACAAUAGUUUAUCCUGACGACCAAUCACGACCACCGAAUGUUAUAACGAUACAGGGUACGAUAGUAAAUUUGAAACUCGAAUGAAAAAUCGACAAACGCCAAAGGACUCCUUGUAAGGUGAACAAAACAAGAAAGAGACAAAUCAAACAGUCGCCUCAACUCCAUCGCGGUGGAGGCUCGUCCCACCGGCUAUUCCCUGAACUACUGCGAUCCCGACCCCGCGGAGCAGACCAGUUUCUGUCGUUCGAACGCGGGCCCCAGUUAUCUGAGCCUCUGCCUCCUCCUCGUCCACGUCCACGCCCUCGGCCGCGGUCACCACCACGGAACCCGCCACGGUCGCCGCGAUCACGGCCAUACGCAGGCCCCGUAGGAGGCGAAUGAUGCAGUCCGCCGCGUCCAGGACCAGAGGGAGGUGAUACCUGGCGGUGGUUCACGGGUGAAUGUGCGGCAGGACCCGUGGGCGGUAUGUUUGGCGGGAAGGGAGGCAUCUGCUGGGAAGCGCUCCACGAGUGCGAUGCACCAUUGAAUCCUUGUCCGUGUCCAUGCCCAUGAGUGGGGCUGAAGGCAGGGCCGGUGGAAUACGGCGUCGUAGGUGAGGCAGCGCCAGGGUGCUGGCCUGGACCUUGGUGCUGGCCAUGGGGUUGAGCUGGAAGCUGACCGAGCGCCGCGAGCGGGUGGGGCAGCGCGCCGUUCGACGAGAGCUGGCGAAGCAUCUCCUGGAUCUGGUCCGGCGUGAGCGCCGCUACGCUGUUGACGAGGCUUGAACUCAGUCCGGGUACCUGAUCCGUGGAUACAGAUGGCCUGCCGACUGCAUGUGUCGGCGUGCUGUUACCCUGGCUAGGACCUGGCGCGUAUGAACCGGGGCCCGCGGACGAAGCAGCACUGUGGGCUUGCGGAUGAUGGGAAUGGGUAUGCACAGGGGGAGAAUGUGCUGCCGCCGGCGGAACAGAAACAGACGCAGACGCCGGUAGAAGCGCACCAGGAGCAGGGCUACGUGGGGGUGCGAGCUUUCCCUUGGUGAGGAUCCAGAGACCGACGACAUAGUUCUUCGUGCGUUCCUUGGGCAACCGGAGUUCAUCGAGCAGCUCAAUGUAAUCGGGCAGCGCGUGGCUCGCGAGAAGCGGAACCAUGUAGAGCUCCUUCCCCGGGUGAUGCUCCUUCGGCCUCGUUCCCCAAGGAAAAAUAAGCCCAUGACGUCCUUUUCCAAUCAGGAAAUCACUGAACGCCUGCAGCGCCCCGCUCCCUUCCUCCGGGGAAAAAGCAACGGCAAUCACCUCCUUCUGCGUGUUCAGCCGCAUCUGCAGCAGAAACUGCGCGGAGUUCUCCACCGGCACACGGCCGUCAAUCCGCAGCGUGUCGCUCCGGAAGAGUGUCCUCCAGAGCGGCGAACCCUCGCCAAGUGUGCGGCCCCCUAUCUGCCGUGCGACGACGGGCGCAUUUUGGGGCAUGGUCGAAUCGAGCGGCAUGAUAAUAUUCCCUUUCCACACAAGUGGCAAAGCCUCGAACACCUCCUCGGGAUUCUGCACCGGUGGAGUCGACGCAGGCCCCGGUUGUGGCGCACUACUGCGAGCAUCAGGACCACUUUUGCUAUCCUGGUCCUCCUUCUCGAGUAACUUGUCGAAAUCGCGAUCUUGCGCGUCGAGGCCGGUGAUAUCGAUAUCCAUGUCAAUUGAAAAGUCGUUCUUAGAUGCAGAGCGUGCUGGUACCGGUGUCGGGGAUGACGUCCUCCCAUGCUUCGAGUCGGACCAUAUCGAAUCGAGGCUGAACGACGAUCGCGAGGGCGUUUCUGGCUUUGCCACAGGCGUGUCCUGCUGGUGCUGCGAUGGAUCCGCGGACUGAGGCGUGCCCUGGCCCGUAUCUGCAUCGCUGUUCGCAUUCGAGCUCGGGGCCGGAGUCGAGGGUGUCGCAGAAGUAGACGCAGACGCAGACUCAGAAGACGACCUCAUUGCGUCCACCUCCAUCGGGAGUUCCGACGACUCGAGCGUCGAGGUCGCCACAUGCGCCGCGUCCGCCUCCCCAGACGAUGGCUCGUCGUCGAGAUUGAUCAGAUCCGCGAGGUUGAGCUCCGGCUCGGGAACUGACAGCGUGAAGUCAGACCCAGACGGCAUGAACAGCGGGUUCGGCGGCUGCCUCGUCUGGUUGCCACCGCUGUCGAUCGGCGACGGCGACGACACGAAGCGGUGCUGAUCCUGCGCCUGCGCGUCACGAUGCGCAUUCUCAAGGAUAUGCGCGGGCAGCGGAGGGGGCGCACCCCAGCCAUGCGGCGGGGCCGGCGUAUGCGGUGUCAGCGGCGACUCGGGCGGCACAGACGACGUGUCCCGACGCUGGGGUUGACCCGGCGCUUGCUGAGAAGCACGCCGCUCCUGCUGCCUCUGCGCCGCCUCCUUCCUCGCGCGCCUCUCCCUCUCGCGCCUCUCCUCUUCCUCCCUCUCGCGCUCCCUCUCCCGUUCGCGCUCGCGCGCCGCCGCAAGCGCGCCGUUGACGUCCUCGAUGUCCUCGAGCCCCUUGUGCGUGAUCUUCGUGCGGGGCACCAGGCUCUUGUGCAGUAUAGUCUGUGCGAGCGACUCCUUGGCGAUCUGCACCAUGGACUGCUUCGUCUCCUCGUUUGCGAGCUCCGCCGACGACAUCUGCGCGAGCUCGCGCGCGUCCAUAGACCCCGCCGCGAUGCGCGUGUGCACCGCGACGCGGUCGGGCUUGUUCAAGUUGAACGUAAGCAUCCGGAAGCGCUCCUUGUACUUUGUCGCAACGUGCAUCUUCCCCUUCUUGUCAGGCUCCGCAUACAAGUCAAAGCACGCCCGCUCAACCGCGGCCGAAUACGCGUCCGCCUCCUCCCCAAGCCGCUGCCUGUCCUCGUCCGUGAGCUCAUCAACAUUCUGCAGUGCCCGCACCGCCGUCGACCCCACCGCCCCCGCGUUCUCGGUUUCAUUCGCCUGGGGCACAGGAAAAGGCGCAUGCGGAUACCGCAAGAAGAUCGGGCGGAACGUCUCCUGCAGCUUGCCAAGGCAAUACUUGCGCGCAGGAUCCUCCACCGCCGCCACCGGUCGCCCGAACGCCUCGUCCACCGGCCCCUCAGAGCUCGCAUGCCCCGCGGAGGACUUCUUGCGCUUCGGCGCGGGCGCGGGCGAGGCUAUACUCUGCCUGCGCUUUGGCUGCCUGUGCGAGGAGGACUGCGGUGGGGGUGUGCGGGGCGCAUCUGCAUCGGAAUCGGAGGACAGUGAGAGGCGGCGUGGUCGCUUAGCUGCACCCUGUUUGGUGCUCUUAUCCAACUCUCCGACAUACUCGUCCUCGCUGCUAGGCCCUCCGUCCGACUCCGAUAACGCGGCGAAAUCGUACUGCUCGAGUGGUCCAUGUCGUUGCUGAUGAUGUUCCGCCUGCGUCGACGGCGCUGGCCCCGUCGGAGGCGCUACGGGUUGAUUGCCGCCCUUGGAACGGGGCUCGAGCGCCUCGGGGCCUUCCCAUGCCAUUACAGUGCAUCGGCCGGUCUGGGAGGCGCAGUCGGGGCAUACGUAAAUAGCAAUCUCUGACGCUUCGUCCUCGUCCAGGUUGACACAUCGGAAAUGAUACCAGUCCGCGCACUGAACGCAAUACACCAUCGGCGUGCCAUCGUUGGGUUGCCUACAUGAGCAGUACACCGCCGCCUUUCCCUUCGCAGCAGAAGACUGACGCGCCCCUUUCGCACUCGCUCUUGAAGACCUCGACGUCCGUAUCUUGCGAUGUUGAACCUGGACCUGCGCCUGAGUCGGAGUCGAGACCCCUUUCUGGUCGUUCUCUUUUUCAGCGUCGUCAUGCGGUGCCGCCUCCUCCGUCUUGGCCGGCGACGCGCGCGCUGCUGCUGCUGUCCGCGCCGCCUUUGGCGUAGACAGCGAUGCCUCAACUGGCGGGGCGGCGCUGGCGGCCGACUUUGUGCGGGAGCGGGUGGCCAUUUUGUGUUGUG